AGUCGGAUUUAUGAAUUGUGUGCUUAUUUUGCCGAAGAAUAGUUGGAAAAAUUAAGAAAAUUUAAUAGACUGCUUAAAGAUUAGUAAGUGUUAAAUAAUUCUGUUUAUAAGUGGAGGUUACAUCAGAAAAGCAGUUUAACUGCGAGUGCAGUGUAAAGAAAUAGACGAUAACUUUUAUAGAAGAAUUACUUUGGAGUGAAAAGGUGUUUUGGUUAAGAAAAUGUGGAGUAAAAAAUCGUGUGAAAAUCGCACAAAGCGGGUGCAGCAAGCACAUCUGAAAAAGUAGCGCAGCGAGAGCCUCUGCAGGCGGCACAAGCGAAAUUCGUUUGAUAGUGAAUAGCGAAAAUGUUUAAAGUGCAGAAACAAAUCUUCUCGCCGUGAUGAAGAAACAUUAAAAUAGGCAAUCAUGUAGUUGAAAGAGUGAGAAAUGUGUGCACUGGAUUUUGUUAUGUAAGUGUAAAUGAGAUGCACGAUAUUUUCAAGCGAUGUAAACAAGAAUUUGUGCAAAAAGAGGAAUUAUGCGAAAACAAAUUAGCACGAGAUAUUGAGUGAUUAUUCGAAUUUUGCUAUAUGAAACGAAAAACUAUUGGAAAAUUUGUGUUAUGUGUACUAAAGCUUAUUACAAAUUAAUAGGCUAGAUUAAUUAAAAAAUUAACUAAAUGUAUUUAAAUUAUAAGAACUAAGUAUUGGUACAAACACUAUAUAUGUGAUGUGAGCCUUCCUUCCUUACCUUUACUCUUUGUUCCAAAGGGGUUAAGAAAACAAAUAUGUAACUAAUAACUAUUUAAAUCUCGAACAUCUUUUUAUUUGGAAUAUACAAGCAAUAAUCGUUGACAUUUGGAGGGCGCUCUGUCAUAUAUACAGCUGCUAGCUGUCAUACUUUUUCUUACAUAUGUUUUGUCUAUUUUCGCCUUGUAUAUUGUGGCAGAAGAUCAAAAGCGGAAUAUCAAGGGGAAAUAUAAAAGUGGAAAAGUUGCCGGAGUAGAAGCACAAAAGGAAAAGAAUUGUGUAUAGGUGCAGUCCUCAAUGCUUGAUAACUAAAAUAUCUGCACUAUUUAGUGGAAAUCCUUGAACUUAAACUUGAUCAACAGCAACGAAUAAGGUGAAAUGUCUAAUAAUAAUCCACAUGGACACAUAAGCCAACCGACGCAAAAUCCUUCAUGGAAUCAUUUGCAAAUACCAUCGUAUAUACCGAGGCAGCCACAGUUGGCGCAUAUGUCGAACGAACGUCCCAUGGUGCGUUCACCAUCGGCUUGGCAUGCGCCGGCACCGCCACCGGAUUCCCUAUAUAAUUUCAUGUCGGCCAAUCAUAAAAAUCUUGAACAUCAGAUGAAUUCGCUGCUGCCUCGUUCGCUUUUACCGCCAUUCGACUCAAUGGACUUAUCGCUGCAAUCAAGUCGCAGUUCAAGUUCACCGCUGAACAAAAUCGUUGGUGGUCAUGCGCCUGGUAUGCUGACACAUGAGUACGGUGGUCAUAAGCAUGCGGCCACGCCACAGCCGCCAGGACCACCGCCUCCACAUCAACAUCAGCAACAUUCCCACCAGCCACAAGCGCAUCAGCAUCAGCAGCAACAACAACAACAACAGCAGCAGCAGCAAUCACAACAUCAUGGACCGAAUAGUUACCCGAUUCAUAAUUUAUCGUCGAACUCACCUUCUAGCUUGGCACAACAGCAGCAGCAGCAGCAACAGCAACAACAACAACAGUCGCAGCACGCACAUCGCUCUCAAUUAUCUGCAUUGCAAUCUUCACCAGCCACACAUGGCAUGCAAAGUGGCGCCACACCGCAAUCGCCUGCCUCCCCAGCUGGUAGUCAAGGUCCCGGUAAAUAUAUGAAUACGAAUGGCAAUGAUUGUGAAGGUAUGCUGCCACCUGGUGGCUCAAAUUCUGGCGGUUCGUCGUCAGUAGGUGGCAAUAAUAACGGUGCGAGUGCGAGCAGCGGUACCGCUGGUGGAGGAGGCGGCGGUCCAAGCCCUGUGCAUAGUUAUAUGCGCGAGCCUAACGAUGCUCCUAGCCAUAUGAGUGAAGCCUAUGGUAAAGUACCGCAUUUGGCGCGUAACUAUGAAUCUGAGUUGCAGUCCAAAGGCGCCGGACCAAAGCCGGUUGAGUUGGUCAGCAAAGAUUGUAAUUACACUUCGCUUAUAACAAAUAAAAUGCAGUCGCAUGCGCAGCAACAGCAACAUCAACAACAGUCACAAGUUUCUCCCAAGAAGCAAUCACCAUUGCGCAAUUAUCAUGCGCAACAACAACAUCAGCAUCAUCAUCAGCAGCAGCAGCAACAUCAGCAGCAGCCACCAGCUUUCAAUAACCCACCACAGUCUGCCAUGAAGCAUAACGGACCACAUACACCGCCCACACCACAAUCACCCGUAAUGCAUCAGCAAACUGGUGGACCCUUACAUGGCAUGGACUAUAAUCAAAUGCAUUUGCAGCAGCAACAGCAGCAGUCGCAACCGCAGAACGCUUAUCCACAUCAACAACAACAACAACAUAUGUCGCAACAUUUGCCACCCCCACCGCCACCACAUGCUCUACAUUAUCCACCACACCCGCAUGCACAUCAGCUGCCACACAGUCUCUUGCCGCAGCAGCCAACACAGCAUCAACAGCAAGCAACACAAUUGUCGCAACAAAAUCAGCAGCAUCAUAUGCCAUCGCAACAACACCUACACACGCAAAUGCAUCAAAAUCAACAACAUCAACACCAAGUAUCGCCACGCAUGCACCAACAACAACAACAGUCUUUAUCAGCACAGCAACAACAACAAAACCAAUCACCACCAAUGCAUCGUUCACUGAACACCCACAUACAACACACCAAUUCCACCAAUUACACGCAUCUCGAUGAUAUGGCGCCUGCUGCUGCAACCAAUGCAUCAAAUACCAACACGUACAACGUGCACACAGCAGAGUUGAAAAAAUCGUCACCAUCUGCUGAUAACACCGUUAUAGCUGAUCUCUCACCGACAGCAGUCAACAGUGGUGCGAAUAAUACGUACUCCACCAGCGGGAACAGUGCGCCCAAAGCGGCUUGCAUACCCGACAGCGCCGAGUCGCCUUCACCGGAAGCUAUUUCAUCGCAUUGCGAGUCUUUGGAUUCGAAUAGCAAUAGUAGUGGCGGCGGAGGAGGCGCAGGUUUUCGACAACGUCUACAUAAACGUAGUGGUGACACCAAAUCAUCCGGUGCAGAGGCUGUAGAUUUCGGCAGUGUUUUAAUGCCAACACAAGGCCAAGACAACUCACCACAGCAGCAGUACCAACAAUUGUCUAGGAACAACAUUCCACGCAGUCCAAAGUCGUCGCCAACGGAACAAGUGCGUCGUUCACCGCGCAAAGCUGAUAUCAAAUCUCCUGCAAGCAAUUUCAACAAAUCACCUCCCACUGCAACGGCAAAUUUAGGUACAACACACACACAGCCCGAAAAAAUGGCAAUCGCCUCUACACCAUCCUCGCCGACAAGCCAAACAAUGGAGAAUGGACGCAUACCGCCAACAAUUGGCUCGGCCUCAACUCCAUUGGGCACAACGGCAGAAACAUUUGCCGACUCCGAAGUGGAGACAAUUGACAAAAUCAGCGCCAUGAUCGCCAGCACCGCAAAUGACAGCGCAACACACGUGGACGCGAACAGUAAUUCAAGCAUAAAGAGUGUUGGUGAACGUGACAGCGCCGCUCUCAGUAGCGGCAGCCCGAAAACCAAAAAGCAACGGCAAGCGUUGAAAUUGCGCAACGCCGCCGAAUACAAUUCGAAUUCGAAUGGCUCAAGCAAUUCAUAUAGCGCCAUAGGAAAUACCACCGCCACCAAUAGAUGUAUGCCCGUCAACGAUAAUGCCGUUGCCGUCGAUGAGUUGCGCAAAGAAUUGAUGCAAUCAGAAUUACAGCAACUGGAGGAGGCUAAUGGCGACAAAUCCGCAGCGCAAACCAAUGAAAACGAGGGCGAUGUUGAAGCUGGCAAUCGUAUGGAGUCGCAAGGAGAUGCGCGCAUGAGGCAGCCACCACCACUAAGUCCGCAAAGUAAUAGUCACAGCAGCAGCAGUUCGUCCAGCACUUCCAGUUGCAGUAACUCCAGUCGCAGCAGCAAGACAACAACAACGACAACGCAUGCAGAGAGCAAAACAUCGGGAAGCCAGUGUCCAGUUAUAGCAACAACAACGACAGCUUUGGAAGAUGACAAUAAGCGCACACGACAAACUUCAAACGAGCGACAAGCGCCGACGCAAACUGCCGAUGCCGAACCACUGAAUUUAAAUGCACAUAAGAGCGACACAGUGACAGCGGCAUUUGAAGAGGUUGAAAAUAAGUUGGAAGAAAUGUUUGCCGGCAUCGAAGAUGAGCCCAUCAUACCGGAGACCGAAGAUCUUACUUCACAGCCGCCCGCCAAUACCACUGAAGUAGUGCGCGAUUUGAGUUUAGCUUUAGAGCUAUCUAGCGCUAACCCCAACACACAGCAUAGCGCACCCGCACUUUCAUCAGAUGCAUCACAGGAGGCGAACAAGUCUAUGAACUCUACAGCGCAAGAUGUGAGCACGCCACUACACGUACGCACGGAAGGUCCACCACCGACUAAAGCCGCCAAAAAAUCGACACUACCUAGUCCUAUACGCAAAACUACCACCGCAGACCUGCAAACUGUCGAUGCGGAGCGUGCACAAACCACAGCCAAUAAAGAAGACACGAAAACGAAUAAUAUAGCGGCUGCAACAACUGCAGCAACGGGCCGAAGAAGCGGACCGCCGCGACGCCGUCUCUCUGUCGCCAUGGAUCCUGCAAAUUUGCGUAUACUGUUGGACGAUGAUGAUGUUGACUUUGCGGAGGCACGUCCACAGCGCGGUAAACGCACAACCAGCGCCAAAAGAAACAACAAUAGUUCGCAAAACAACAGCGAACAAAAGAAGGACGUCGUUAUAUGUUUGGAGGAUGAUGACGAUCAACCGAGCACAUCAGCUGCUGCAGCGGCAGCAUUGGCAGCAAAAACAGCCAAAGAAGCGACCACACAGGCUGCUGGCGGCAACAGCAGUAACGCAAAUGCCAAGACGACGUCUAAAGCUGCUAAAGGCCGCAAAACGCAAGACACGCGCAAACGACCGAGUCGCGCCGCGGAUGCUGGCAAGAAUGGCGCCAAGAAGAAAUUAACGCCUAAACAGCAACAGCAACAACGGCGCAAACAGCAACAACAUUCAUCCGAUGAUGAUGCGCCUAUAGCGCCAUCCGCCACAGCGGAACAAAUAAAAAAUAAAUCUCCAUUCAUUUUGGUGAAGCGUGAUGGCAGCAUAAAUGUGGUGAAUGCGCCCUUAAAUGCCGAAGAUGUCAAUGAGAAGAAUGCAGCCGCGCGGCAGGUGAAAAAACCGUCGGGUGCUGCUGGCUAUGCACACGAUCGGAAAAACCUGCGAGGCCUGCACUCCUCAACGCUGAGCAAUAAAUACGAUGCGGAUACCACAGACUCAACGUGGAUAUGUGUAUUUUGUAAGCGCGGACCGCAUCGCCUAGGGCUGGGCGACUUAUUCGGACCCUACCUGGUCACAAUCGAUUGCGAGGAAUAUAAGGCGGCCGUAAAAACGCCCGACACCAUCGAUAUGGAUGCGAUUUUUGUAAGCAAACGACGGCGUCUAGAUAUGGUACAGACGAAUCCGCGCAAUUUGCCCGUGGUGCCAGCUAAAAACUGCACAACGACCAUGGGUGCGACAGUUACUGCUACACGCACCAGCGGUGCGGUAAGUAUACCAAUCACCUUGCGCCAGCAUGACUUCUUUAGUUGCGACUCCCUUUUGCAGGGUAAAAAGAAAAAGAAUUCUCAAGACACAAACGCCUGCGGUAACUCAAAUACUGAAGCUUCGGCGAUUAUUGAUCCGCUGGACUGCAGCGCAGAUGAGACACUGCAGCAGAACUUUCUCGGCAUGUCUAAAGUUUCGGACAAGAGCUAUGAAGUAUGGUUGCAUGAAGAUUGCAUUGUUUGGGCGCCGGGCGUAUACUUGGUGGGUGUACGUGUUAUGGGACUCGAUGCGGCGGUCUGGACCAGCACCAACUAUCAUUGUGUACUGUGUAAUAAGCCUGGUGCGAUUGUGUGUUGUCUGCAGCGUGACUGCAAGGCAGCCGCUCAUGUGCCAUGUGCACGCGCAGCAGGUUGGAGUUUAAACGAAUCGACAAUGAAAGUACACUGUCAACAGCAUGCCGUGCAACCGGCCAUAGUACCGACAACAUUAUCAGCAUUAGCAGCACUGCAACAACAACAAUCAGCAGUUUUGGAAAAUUCCUGAGAAUCGCAGGCAACUGAGUGUCACCGUCCACGAUCGCGUGCGCAACAGGGUGCGCGUCGUCAACGUUGCUUAGCGAAGUCAACUGCACAGCGCAAGUCGAAAUAAAGCACUAGAACAAAAUAUAAGUGCACACUGCUCUCAGCCAGCAGUAAGCGUCGCGUUGUGUCAGCUACGUGAAGUGUUCGUGAAGCUACGAAUGCAGGUCGUUGCUUUGUUUAUUUGCGUUUCGCUAAACAUUCGUUAAUUUUAAGCAUAAACAAUUUUAAGCUGUAAUAAUAGUAGUGUACUAUAUUAGGAACUUCAAUUUUACAAUUAACUUUAAGCUCCCCUUACACACAGAAUGUACACAAGAAUAUUGUGAGAAAUUUUAGCGCUAAACAUUUUUUCUAGAUCAAAAAUAUUGUUUGUUACGCAUCGGUUUGUCUAGCAUGUGGUGGAUUUGCAGAAAAAAAUAACAAAAAUCCGUUCGAUUUUUUUA